AUGUCCUCUACGUUCGGCAUCAGCAAAGUCAAGUCGUCAGAGCCCAAGUCACCCAUCAGCCAAGCCGUUUUAUCUACAUAUUCCUCUUCUUCACCACUCGCAAACAUGAAGGUCUCCGCCAUUCUCAUGAUCACCGCCGCUUCGGCCGCCCUCGCCGCUCCUGUUGCGGAGGCUAACGCCGAGGCCGCUCCCGCUCCUGCCCCUCAAGCCACACAGGGUUACACCAACUACGGAAAAUACGACUAUAGCCAGUACGGAAGCUACGGCAGCUACCCCCCGCCGGCCACAACCCCGAGCCCCACCCCGGUCCCUCAGACGUACAGUGCCUACGGCACUUACAAGGGCUACAAGCGCGCCGUCGACUGGGUGAAGAGCUGGUUCGAGUAA